AUGUGGCAGCUACAGCAGCAGCGGGACGACCGCGAAGGGGACGCAGAUCUGCACGAGCGCCUGCUGCAGCUCAUGGCCACUUCGGGAUACCCUAUCGUACAGGAGAACGGGCAGCGGCGGUACGGGCCGCCGCCAGGCUGGAGGGGCCCGGCGCCGGGCACGGAGUGCGAGGUGUUCGUGGGGCGGCUGCCGCGCAGCUGCUACGAGGACGUGCUGGUGCCGCUGCUCAGCGCCGCGGGCCGCCUCUACCAGCUGCGCCUCAUGAUGGACUUCAGCGGCCGCAACCGCGGCUACGCCUUCGCCAUGUACACCAGUCCCGAGAUGGCAGGGUCUGAACAGUGUUCCUGGUGGCAGGAGCUGCAGCAGAUGACGGACGGCGUGGUGGGCGUGGAGCCGCGCGGCGCGUCGCUGGUGGUGCAGUACGACAGCCACCGGAGAGCGGCGCUGGCGCGGCGCCGGCCGGAGGCGCCCAAGGGAGGCCGGCGCACGCUGAGAGCGGUGACGGGCGCCGGCGCCGGCGGCAGGCUCCCCAAAGCGCAGCCGCCACUGCCCUCGGCAACUUCUGCAGGCCGCCGCGCCGCUCCACCGCCUCCGCUGCAGCUAAUUCAGUUCAGUUAG